AUGAGCGCAAUGUGCGGACAUUUCUUGCGCCGGGAGGCCACAUACCGGGCCGAGUAUGCGACCAGUGGUUGGUCCACAUGUCACGGGUGCCACAAAUGGAUCCAAUAUCUUGAUCUUCGCAUUGGUUUGAUUGGCAGACAUGAGAAGCGACACAAGAUAUGGAAGUGGUAUCACUUGAAGUGUUUUGUCAUCAAUCGUAGCAAUAAUAAUAACGAAGACGUGAUCAAAGUGGAGGACAUCGAGCACUUCGCGCAUCUCAGAUACGGGGAUCAGAUUAAGAUCAUUGAGAGCUUCAUCACUGACGCAAACGCGGACCAAAUCCUCGGGUCGGACAGGGAGUCACUGGAGAGACAGUCCGACGAGUUAUACAGAUAUUUCGAUCUCUUACUGACACUAAAAGCUCCAGAUUUGGCACUACUUAUGCUUUACAAUGAGAUGAGACCCCAGAAGACUCGGAUGUCCAAAGUGUACGCAUUGGCCGACGCCAUGACGUUUGGCGUACCGGAGCCCUGUCCGCGAUGUGACCCAACCAUAGCUCAAGGGAUGCUAGUCUUCAGAGGCAGCGCUUAUAUCUGUUCGAUGGGCGCCAAGACUCAGACUCUUGGAUGCGAUUACUGGACUCUUGGGCCCAAUCGCCGCCCAUUCAGAGUUCCCGACGAAUUGCCCGAAGAGAUCCCUUUUCUGCGCCAAUACGCCAACGAAGUUCUUAAUGGUAGGGCUUAUAUACCGGCGCUAACGACUGCCAUGAAUAGCUAUCGGAGUGAGAGUCCUGUGUCGGUGUCGAGUCGAGCGAUGGCUUACGGACACAACGAAGAUGUGGUCGAUUCGGGUGAUAUCGGCUACAGAGUAGACGCCAUUUGCCACCAAAUGGACGAAUUAGUGAUGUUUGACAACGAGAGCACAAACAAUAAUAAGACACUAACUCUAGGAGGGGGUGAUGUUAAGACACUAACCCUAGGAGGGGGUGAUGUUAAGACACUAACCCUAGGAGGGGGUAAUGUUAAGAUACUAACUUUAGGAGGGGGUGAUGUUGUGGACCGCAACUGUCCACUGGGCGCCGGCUAUCAGGUGUACAGAGACUACAGAGAUGAGAGUUAUAGCGCUGUCUUAAGUUACGUAAAACUAAUGACAAAAGAGAAUUACUUCUAUUAUCUGCAACUCCUGUACAUCGACUCCAUCGAGUCGAAGAAGUAUUGUUUGUGGCGCUCGUGGGGUGACAUCGGAUCUAAAGCCUCCGGUUCUCGUUAUAAGUUCUUUGAGAGCAGUUCGGACGCCAUUUCGCGAUUUAAACAGAUAUUUAAGGAUAAGACGGAUGAUGAAUGGGACAGAAGACGAGACUUUAAGCAGUAUCCAUACAAGUAUUAUUUGGUUGAUGUGAAGUACAUCGAGAAUAAAAACCAAAUCAUAAACCUGUUUGACUCGAACCCAGAUAAUGUCAGGAUUGGUCGUGAUAUUCAAGAGCUCAUGAAAAUUAUAUUCAAUUACGAGAAUAUGAUCAACGAAUUGAGGUAUGGUUUCAAGAUAGACAUCACUCGCAUGCCAUUAGGACUCGUAUCCAAGAAUGCACUGAAAAACGCUGAGAAAUGUAUGAAUGAAUUGGCGCUACUGUUGGGACCAAAUGUCAUGUUAAGAGAUAGAGAGACAACAGUACACGAUAUGAGUCAUGAGUUCUAUCAGAAUAUUCCUCAGAAAACGGUUGAAUGCAUUGAUUCCGUAGAGAAAGCUAAUGAAAAGCUACAGCUGUUGACUACAUUGAAAUCCAUGAGAAUAACAUUCAGUCUAUUAAUUGCAAAAAUGGAUUCUUACAAGAAUUGGGAACCAAUCGAUAUCCUCUACUCAAGACUCAACGCAAACAUCAAUGUAUUGACGAGAGACAGCGAUGAGUAUAACAUAAUAAGUGAUUAUCUGUCGGAAAGUAAUGGUCUCGACGGCUUGGACCUACAAAUUGACACCAUUUAUGAGUUGGAGUGCAAGGAAUCGACCGAAAAGUUUAAAGAGUUUGAAGCGCACAAUAAACUGUUGCUAUGGCACGGGACAUGUGCCACCAAUUUGGUCGGUAUUAUAACUCGCGGUAUGCGUAUAGAGUCGGGCGCCCAGCCAUCCGGCCGUGUGUUUGGGGACGGCAUCUACUUCGCAGACAUGGCGGCCAAAAGUAUACACAAAAGGAUGCAUUCGUACGAAGAAUUUGAGAGAAAACAAGAGUUCAGGGAUGGCUUUCCCACAGACGUAACGUGCGUUCAGUUUGUAGGCAAGACGGGGACCAGAAUUCACAAAGCGAUGCCAAACGCUAAUAAAAUUUAUGUGCCAAACGGUGUCAUCACAACCAACAGAUUCAUUCAAUAUCCGCAUAGAGACGGUAAAAGAGUUGAUCUCAAAUACAAUGAAUAUUUGUUGCCAUUUGGGUGUCUGCUUAUAAAUCUCUACCCGAUGUCCACUUCCAUCAGCCUUUCGGAUCCACAUAACGACUAUAUAUGGGAACAGAUCCACUCCUUCGUAGAUAUCCUCCAUAGAAGUAACUUCUUUGUCGCCGAUAUGUGUAAUCACAUCAAACUCUUCGACGCCUUUGGCGGCGACGUUCACGCCAUUCAUUUGGUCGACAUUCAUGCCAACCACCUGUCCAUUGAUGUCCAGCACAGCACUGCCGAAGUCUCGAAACAUUGGCGCCGAGAUAGACUGUUGUGUUUGUCUAUCAAUGGGUUGAAGACCACGAAAACCCGAGUGCCCACCGAAUACCUGACAGGGCUAUCGGUGGCGGUGAACACAACUGUUGGCCAGUCGUGUCGAUCGCCGUCCAGUUUGAUGACAGCGAAGUCACAGCUGUGGUCGCAGUCAAUCACUUUACCCCUCACUUCUUUGGCACCGUUACCAGUGAUGACCACCAGUUCCUUGAAGUUAGUGACACAACUGGCACACGUCAACACCAGACCCGUCGCGUCCACUAUAAACCCGGAGCCCAACAUAUUGUUGGGUCCGUCGUAUUCAUAUGGAUUGGACUUCUGGUAG